AUGAUGUCGGAAUCUUGCGCGCUUUUCACGUACCGUGCCCACGCCCUCACGCACGCCGAUGCAGGUCAGCCCGGAAUUUGUGAGCAUAAGCAGCCGCCGCCCAAAGUCCCUGGGGCCGUAAAAACGGAGGGCCGCGAGCAUGGGCGGACGAUUGACACGGUCACUCAAAAGAAGAGCUCCCGCUGGGAUCAAAACGCUCGUGCUCGUGCUACUAAAAGAACACUACCAUGCAGUACCCACCCACCGGCAUUGCCCACCUCUCCAUACCCAGAUGGCGCGAGGAAGAAUGGCGAGUCCAGAAGAGCGAGAAGAGGACGCAAGGCCAGAGAGCUUGCGAUGUUCAAUGCUCGCCCGCCCAAAUGA